AACACAACACAACAAAUGCAGCCCUCGCAACACACUUUAAAUUACCCGCAAAAUCUGAAAGGAAGCAAAAUGCAGCUGCAGUUGAGAUCUUUAAUAGGGAUCUGUUUGCUGGCGAUGUGUGGACUCAGCUGCAAUGCGGCUCGCAUACUGUUUAUGGGUCCAUUUCCAGCUCCAAGUCACUGGAUGUGGCUGGAGCACUUUCAGCGCGAUCUGCUGAAGCGUGGACAUCAUGUGACCAGUGUAAACAAUCAUCCUACUAAAACACCACAUGAGAAUCUAACUGAAAUCAUAAUUAGUCCGUCAUUUGAUAUACCCAAGCACUUUCCCAAGAAGAACAUCUUCAACAUGCAGUUUGCCAGCGACUUUCAGAAUUUGCAAAUGUGGUGGCAAAUUGGGCUGAUGACGACAGAACAUGCGCUGCAGGAUGCGCAGUUGAAACGUCUCAUCGACAGCAAGGACGAGCACUUUGAUCUGGUUAUUUUGGAGCAGUUCUUCCAUGAGGCGUUCCUCAUGUUUGGCAAGAAAUUUGCGUGUCCUGUGGCGACCAUUGGCACCAUGGGCUAUGCGGAUAAUAUGGAUCAUGCCAUGGGCUUGGUGACACCUUGGUCAUUCAUACCUCACUUGUUGCUGUCACACACGGAUCAGAUGACGUUCUCGCAGCGUGUUUACAACACAUAUCUAUCGCUAUACGAUGCCAUUAUGCGGCGUUGGUAUUAUCUGCCCAAAAUGCAGCAACUGGCCGAGAAAUAUUUCGGAAAUGUCAUCAACGGUGCUUUGCCGCAUGUCCAUGACUUGGAGCGCAACAUUUCGCUGAUGCUGAUCAACAGUCAUCGCAGCGUGGACUUGCCGCGUCCCAGCAUGCCAGGUCUUAUCAAUGUGGGCGGAGCGCAUAUUCAGACAGCAAAAAAGUUGCCAACGGACAUGCAAAACUUUCUGGAUAAUGCCACACAUGGCGUGGUUUACUUCAGCUUGGGUUCGUACAUGAAAAGCACGGAUAUGCCGCCCGAGAAGACGGCCCAGAUACUGCAGGCUUUUGGCAAACUGAAGCAGAAGGUGUUGUGGAAAUAUGAAAAUGCUUCGAUUGGUCAAUUGCCCUCGAAUGUAAUGAUAAGCAAGUGGAUGCCACAGAAUGACAUCCUGGCACAUCCGAAUGUAAAACUCUUCAUUACCCACGGCGGCAUCUUUGGCACUCAGGAAGGCAUCUACUGGGGUGUGCCAAUGUUGUGCAUUCCGCUGUACGGAGAUCAGCAUAGGAAUACCAUUAAGUCAGUGCGUGAGGGUUACGCUCGUUCCUUGGUCUUCUCCAAGUUUACUGUGGACGAAAUGGUGCAAAACAUCGAGACUCUCAUCUAUGAGCCGCAAUACAAACGCAGCGCGCUGGAGGUUUCCCAGCGUUUCCGUGACAAUGCGAUACAUCCGUUGGAUGAGGCCAGUUUCUGGAUCGAAUAUAUCAUCAGACAUCGCGGAGCGAGACACCUGAAAUCGCAGGGAGCCUUUAUGCCACUUUAUCAGUAUUUGCUACUCGACGUCUUGGGCUGCGCAUUGUUGGCUCUGCUUUUGACGGUUUAUCUGCCCUGGCGCAUGUUGCGGAAGGUUCAUAAAAUGUGGACAGCAAAUGCAGCCACUGCCCAGGCCCAAAGAGCCAAGAAGCAAUUGUAAAUAGUCUUCCAAAUUAUAAUGUUGUCUUAGUUAUUAGUAUGUUGUAUUUGCAACAAAUAUAAGGUGAUAUAAUUUUAGAA